CUCCAGCCUUCGUCACUCCUCCAACAGCCGAUUCCCUACCAACCCAUCAGCCCCGUUCAUUUUAUCGGAGCCGCAAACCUGGAAACCUCGAACCACUGCCCGUGUGCUACUGAGCGUAGACCUCAACCUACUUUUUGGGACCUCGCCCACCGCAAAACUUCCCAGAGCAGAAACCAACGUCGGUCACCUGCGCAUCAACUCUUCCACCCGCCUUCCCCGCGUCACUGAGCCUCCAAACAGAACGAUUUCCCGCCAUGGCUUCCAGAAAGAAGGUCCUCCUCAAGGUCAUCAUCCUGGGCGACAGCGGUGUUGGCAAGACGAGUUUGAUGAACCAAUAUGUCAACAAGAAGUUCAGCGCAAGCUACAAGGCCACUAUCGGAGCCGAUUUCCUGACACGAGAGGUGUUGGUGGACGACCGCCAAGUGACCAUGCAGCUGUGGGACACGGCCGGGCAAGAACGGUUCCAGUCGCUGGGUGUGGCCUUUUACAGAGGAGCCGACUGCUGUGUGCUGGUGUACGAUGUCAACAACUCCAAGAGCUUUGAUGCGCUCGACAGCUGGAGGGACGAGUUUUUGAUCCAAGCCUCGCCACGAGACCCGGAUAACUUCCCGUUUGUGGUGUUGGGCAACAAGAUCGAUGUGGAGGAGAGCAAGAGAGUGAUCUCGACGAAGCGAGCCAUGACCUUUUGCCAGUCCAAGGGUGGUAUCCCAUACUUUGAGACCUCUGCCAAGGAGGCCAUCAACGUUGAGCAGGCUUUUGAGGUUAUCGCGAGGAAUGCGCUCCUCCAGGAAGAGUCGGAAGAGUUCAGCGGCGAUUUCCAGGACCCCAUCAACAUCCAUAUUGAGAACGACCGGGACGGGUGCGCGUGCUAG